CGCGGUAAAGGAAAAUGCUCUUAUAUAUCUAUUCUACAUUUCCAGUUCUUCACAUUUCAUCAUAAAUUCGCACUUUCUAGAAACCAAACAAGUCCCUUCUUCUUCGCUUCUGUUUCUUUGGAUAUUUCUGAACCAAACCAUUUUCGUUUUUUUUUUCUGCCUUCCUCCAUCCUCUUCCCAUACCUCUGACUCCUUCUUUCUGUUCACUUUUCUUUCUUCCACCUUUUCACUUCAUCUCAGACAAAACAAACACGGGUUUCUCUGCAAGACUUUUUUUUCCCCCUUAAAAUAAGAAAAUAUUCCCUUAGUUUCGUUUCUUUCAAUCUACCGUGUCUUUGUGUGUUGUGUUCUUGGCCUUCUUGGUUUAAGGUUAAAGCGUCAGCGUGUUGUCUUUCCUUAAAUGUCCAACAAAGAAGGCUUGCCUUGAGUUUUCUUCAAGACUUGGUUUAUCAAACUACGAAACAGAGAAAGAGUUGCGAUUGUUUGUUUACGUAACUUUGUGCUGAAUUCGAAACGUUUCUAUUGGCCAAGUCACUGCUUGUUAAAACAGGGAGAUUGUUAAAGCAGAUUAAAAAGACAGCUAGAUUGAGAUUUUUGCGGGCAAAAAUUCGGUGUUCUAACGCCAAAAAAAAUAAACAAGACUUUGACUCUUAGCUGUUUGGAUUUUAAUUCUCUUUCUUUUCUCCCAUUGAGCUCGAAGUUAAAAAAAUCCCAACUUUGUUUUCCCCUUGUCUUCGUUCUCAUUGUGAGAGAAGUUGCUGAAUCUCCUUCGUCUCUUUUCUCUCUGACAUCAUGAUUUUCGAUAAAGGGUCAAUGCAAUCUAAGUCUAACCUCGACUGCUUCCUCCGCUGUACGACACCUAUUGUUCCGUCUCAGUUUCUUCCCAAGCACGAGAUUCGAAACCUUAACCGUUUGUGGCACCCCUGGGAGAGAGAAGCGGUUGAGUACUUCACUUUGGGCGAUCUCUGGAAUCGGUUCGACGAAUGGAGUGCUUACGGAGCUGGAGUUCCCAUUUCCUUGUCCAAUGAGGAGACACUUGUUCAGUACUAUGUUCCUUACCUUUCCGCAAUUCAAAUAUUCACCAGCAGCACUUUCAGGGAAGAGACAGAGUCAGGUGAGUGUGAGACAAGGGAUUCGUACAGCGAUUCCUACAGUGAAGAGAGUGAGUGUGAUAAGCUAUGGAGGUGGGAUGGAACUUCAUCAGAGGAGGGAGGAUCUGAGCAUGAUUGUUUGUGGCACAUGAAUGAUCGAUUGGGUCAUCUUUACUUUCAGUAUUUUGAAAGAUCAACUCCAUAUGGGAGAGUCCCUCUAAUGGAUAAGAUCAGUGGGUUAGCAGAAAGAUACCCAGGGUUGAUGUCACUGAGAAGUGUAGACCUUUCCCCAGCAAGUUGGAUGGCAGUUGCAUGGUACCCCAUAUAUCAUAUUCCAAUGGGAAGAACAAUUAAAGAUCUCUCAACAUGCUUCUUGACUUACCACACACUGUCAUCUUCAUUCCAAGAUAUGGAUGUGGAUGAUGAUACCGGAGGAGGGAAAGAGAAGAGAAAAGAAGGUGAAGGAAUUUCGCUGGCAGCAUUUGGUUUGGCCACGUAUAAGAUGCAAGGGAAUUUGUGGGUCUCAGGGAAUUGUGGUAGGGACCAAGAAAGACUGGUCUCACUGUUGAGCGUGGCAGAUUCAUGGUUGAAGCAACUAAGGGUCCAACAUCAUGACUUUAAUUACUUCAUGGGCAUUCGGCAUGGCUGAGACAAUUAAUGCUCUGCUUUACCAGUUCAUCUCUCAAAUCACUAAUCCUCCUUUUUCGGAUGCUUCCACCAUUAAUUGCACCCCUGUUUUUCCUUAUCAGGAUUUGUAAUUGUAAUUGUAAUUCUAGUUCUAGUUCUUGGAUUAGGACCCUUGUAAAGGGUACCCUGAAUGAGUUGACUCCUUUCAAUGUAGAGUGGUAGGUGAGGAGGCCAUAGUUACUUAUAUGAUCAUGUGAGAGUGAGAGUGAGAUUGCAUACAACUUUGAACUUGGAUUUUGUAUUUAUAUCUAUAAAUAUAUGUAUGUAUGUAUCUAUGGAUGAA